AUCGUCAAAACGCUAAUCUUCUUCAGGCUCCGAACAAGGCUGGCAAUCUUCCGCUCAGAUGCUUCAUCGAAGUAAGGCCUGGGACUGUCAACUUGCAUCUCAGUAUUCUGUGCUCCGUACGGAUAUUCUUCUAGGAUCCUUCCAGGUUCUGUUUGGGUUCGGAUGAAAAGCACAUGGCUGCGGCUUCUUCGUCUGGUGCUUCGGCCCAGCGUUUGCUGAACUUCAACCCAUCCGAUGAAAACCUCACGUGCGGCAUGCCAAAGCGGACGGCUGGACCCGAACAAUUGCUCACCCUUUGACUGGAAACACUGAUACCUAUCCUAUUGUCAACACUGUGGGACGAAACGCCGGACGUUACUUCUCGAGUUGAGUGGCUCGUCUCCUCGGACUGCUAGAUGCAGGGUCUUUGUCCGUCCAGCAGCACCCUGCAUGCCGAGGUAGAACACCUUGUUUCCGCCAUCCUUGACCAACUUGCCGAGACUUGCGCGUCUGGCCCAGCUCCCAGAGUGUCCAACGUGUGAGGGGUGGUCUGCAUCUUGACAUUUGAACCACUACCAACCCACCUGUCUUCGCAAGAUUCGAUGGCAUCAUAUCGGGAUGAAUCUGUUGUCUUGAUAUCUUGCGCGGCCUGGACCAAGGCGAUGUGUACUACUGUGGCUCAGAUGUCGUGUUGCAAAUAUUCCACCCACCAGCUCGCACACACAGAGGCUUAGCUUGUGUGCUCUCGCGUCAACCGCCGGAUGGGACGGGCACUCUGACUUCUCCCUCGCAGCUUGACAAACGCACUGCUUACUUCGACUUCGGUUUCGAUUCUCCUCGCUAUUGGGCCCCAACUCAGAAGACCUCUCCUUUCGAAGUCCCUUUGUGACUGACAAAUAAGAAACACCUGGCUUGUCCGUCGUGCUCUUGAGACCAUCGGCGCCAGAUCGACUCGGUGCAUCCGGUAACCCCACUUGGUCGUACGCCGGCGUCGGCUCGGCACACUACCAGACUUCGAGCUCCAUACGAGACAUCUUCUCAGCUUGACAAGGCAUCUCAAUGUCAUCAUCAUGAAGAGCUGGGUGACGGUAUCAUAGCUGGAAAGAAGCGAACCUGGUCCAGCUGGUUUUACUGUGUGGGCUAGAGCUCGACGGACAAUAGGGCAUCGUGCUUUCCAAGAAAAGGGCAAGCCGUCAUUAAGAGGGCAUUGAGUUAUGGAAAAACGCACAAGUGUCUCACCAUCUCAAGGAAGUUACGGCAUCGUGUCUUGGAUGUCCAAUGGCACGCACAUGCAGCGCGGACACGAGCUGACAAGACCUACCUAGCUUAUACAGAUGACAUAAUGACGACUCGUAACCGACUCGCAAUGAAGCCACAAACAUACCGAGGGACCUUGAGGCAAUCGUGAACGCACUCCCGCUCAAGCACGACAUAGAACCGUGGGAGCGUACCUACCGAUGAGCUGAAUGAACUUGACGACGUGACAGUUGAUGUGAGGCGACCAGCGCGGACAGAGGCCACACCUUAUCGGUAACGAUUGCUCAGAAAACGACCUGGAUGCGGUAACAGGCCGUGGGUUCUGAAGGAUCAUGAACCCUACGCCCAUCUCACGGUACCUAUGACGGAAGGUGGCUUGUGCGUUUGCCGAUAGCCCAACUCUAUCGAUAAGAUACGUACCGAUGACAGUUCCAGCCGGCUCGUUCCGCUAAACUUUGUUCGAGCUCCGGGCAGCUUGCGCACGACUUCACCUCAGCCACAAUCUUCGUCGACAAACUCCGUUCAAGUCCACAGCAACCUCCGACAACACGCGAGCCGAUGGGGACCCUUCGAACCGCAUGCCGGAUUUGUACCUUUCGAACUCCAAGCCUCACACGCACAGCUAAUCAGAUACCUGGUAUCAUCUCGCGACAGGCAAGAUGGAGCUCCUCAACGCCAAUCUCGAAGUUGGUCUUCCCUGAAGACGACGGCGCCGAACCGAGCGCAUUGCGACACCUUCACCUCGACGGUUCUGAUUCGAACGAUUUCCCGUCGUAUCACUCGGCUUCAGAGUUUCAAACUGCCUUACGUCAGGCCUUCCUCGACUGGAAGUCGGCCCCGAACUCCCGCCCUCCGUCGCCGCUCGUCCUAUCUUUCACUCCGGCACCAACGUAUACGCUCGGCCGACGCCAAAAGACCUUACUACCCGAGCAGCUGGAACGGCUUCAACAGCCUUUGACUGUCAUCGAAGAGAUGAAGGCCGCGGCAGGGGUGAAAAAUGGCGGAACAAGUUUAGGAGAGCGGCAAUUCACGCCCAAAGUCAUUGAGACAGAUCGCGGCGGAUUGACAACAUACCAUGGACCUGGGCAGGUCGUCCUGUGGCCGAUACUGGACCUGCACAGCAAAUACUAUCCCCAGCUGACCGUCCGAUCCUACGCGCGACUUCUGGAGGAGACCACACAAGCGAUCCUCGCUGACGGACCUGGGAUCCAGACGUACCUCUCCGAGGACGAUCCGGGAGUUUGGGCCGAGGCCGCAAGGCAGCGAACAGGAGGACAGGAGCGCAAGAUUGCCGCCAUGGGCGUUCACCUACGCCGUCAUAUCUCUGGGCUCGGCACGGCGCUGAACGUGGACGUCGUCGUCGAUGGUGACGAGACAUUUAAUCCUUGGGCGAGGUUCGUGCCGUGCGGACUCGAAGGUAAAACCGCCACCAGUGUAAGAGCUGAACUGGGCGAGGAUUCAUGGAGGCAAUUGAGUCUUGCUGGCGAUGGCAAGGCGAAGAGAGAAUGGUAUGCCCGCCGGUGGGCUGAGGAACUUGCAAAGCGCCUUGGAGUCGGCAUUGCGCCGACGACAGUGCAUCAACGACUUGGAUGAUUGUAUCCUCGAUACUUGCCUCAAUUGGCUGAUUACCGUCUUUUUAUGAGUAGCACCCCGGUACUGGUCCAUGGAUAAGACGACCGCCAGAAGCAAGAAUGCUGGUGACUGGAGUGCAUCACGGGUUACACAACAUGUAGCUUGCCCGCUUCUUUUCCUCUUCUCGUCAGCUAUCAACUUCUGAGCCCCUCUUCCGGACAUCGGGGCAGCUAGCAUUUGACCGGACCGUUCGCUAUGAACGGCACCUGUUGAAGGGAGACGCGCAAUCCGUGGUCGGUCCGGGUCAGCAUAUCCUCCUUUUGCACUCUCUUCUUAUUUCCGGAAGAGCCAGAACGUAGUGUAUCAAAUUCCGGCUCGCUGGGAGCCUGGUUAUUUCCGGUGCGGCGGGGGCGAGGAUACCUCACCGGACAUUGUCGAUUAUGAUACCCCCAUUUGCAUCAGCAAACAUAUUUUUUUUUUCCAUAUCUUGGCAUAUCAGAUCCCAGCCUGCCAAGCCAGGACGACCUCUUGGUCUUGUGUGGCGAAGCCAUCUCCAUCACCUCUGCAAACCGGAGGGGCAAAGCAAGGUAGGCAUGUCGGCAUUGCAUGUCACGAAUACGAUAUCUCACUGCCAUCGGGUCUCUACAACCAGCUACUGGUUGUAGAUUGCCAUGUCGAUAUCACGCUUAGCGAGAGCCUUGGCAGCUCGCACUUUGUCAAGCUGCCACGCACAUCUUCCCGUAACGUUUGCUCCGGAGUAUACCAGGGACGGACGGGGAGAGAGAGAGAGAGAGAGAGGAGGGGCGUGGUGGCAUGCCCGAACCCCAUAGGAUGAUGCUUUUUCUUCCACAAGAGGGCCGCCCAAGCGGGACCCCCCUAGCCGUCAAAGGUUUGCAGGUAGAUGGGCGUAAAUAGACAUGGAUGGAGAAGGAGAGCCAG